AGUAAUAGUUAUUUUUUGUUAACGAUAAUUUUUUAUAAGAAUGAUGGUAUGUUGAAAGUAUCAUAUAAAUUAAAUAAGUUUGAGUAGAAACAUUUCUAAAGCUGAAGAAAUAAAACACUCAAAUUGAUAGAGUUUUAUCAAUAGACUAGUAACCAAUUAGAUAAUAAUUGUAACGGUUUUUUUUCUAAUAAAACCAGUAGUUAUAUAGAAUUUGAAUUGUUCUAUUCUUUCAAUCAACUGAAAAAGAAUAAAGAAAGAUGGAUUAUAUUUCAUACAUUUUCGUUCUUGAAAUUUUUCUUGUAAUCAUAUCUGCGCUAGAUUCGUAUGUAAUAUCUGACGGUGAACUUGAGCAUGAUGACUUUGUUGAUACAGUGGAAUUUGAUAAAAGCCAAUCGACAAACAAGAAGCGUAGAUCUCUUGCUACGAAUAAUAACGAUGAACUUUGGGAUAGAGGCAUCGUUCCAUACGAAAUUGACAAUGUUUAUACUGGACCGCAACGUAAAUUAAUAAGACAAGCUAUGCAACACUGGGAGCAAGCUACGUGUCUAAAAUUUGUACCAAAAAUUGAAGAACUCCAUGAAAAUUACUUAUUUAUCACUAAAGAAGACUGCAGAUGUUGUUCGUUCGUUGGCAAUAAAAGAUUUGGUGGGCAACUAAUCAGUUUGCUUGAUCGCUGUAUAGAUUUUUAUACAAUUGUUCAUGAAUUGGGACAUGCAAUUGGACUUCACCACGAGCAUGAACGACCAGAUCGUGACGAUUAUAUCGAAAUUCUUUAUGAAAACAUUAUGGAAAGUGAAAUAUUAAACUUCGAGAAAGAAUCUAGAAAUAAAACUACAACUCUAGGACAGGCUUAUGAUUAUAGUUCUGUCAUGCACUAUUCGGAGAACGGUUCAGCAAAAAGACCUGGUUUACGGACAAUAAAACCGUUGAAGAAAAUUGCCGGUGAAUGGCCGAAAAUGGGAUCGGAAAAAAGACUCAGCCGAGGAGAUGUUGUGACAGCAAAUCGUCUGUACAAUUGUUCUGAGUGCGGUGGAACUUUUUUGGAGCCUAAAGGUAUUAUCAGUCCUUCAUAUUCAAAGUUUAAUUCAGAACGUUGCGAAUGGAUAAUUAGAGCAGCUGAAGGUCACAGAAUAAAACUAUUAAUCACAUUAGUGAAUAUUCCUGAAAGCUCUGGCUGUUUAACGACUUAUCUGGAAAUUCGAAAUAACCGAGAAAAUAAUGAUGUUAUAGCUCGUUAUUGCGGAAAAGUUGAAACACUUCUUGUAGUUGAUAGCAAUAUUUUGGAAAUCGUAUUUGUUAACACUCAGUACAAUAACGGUUCCGUGGAUUUUGUAAUAGAAUAUGAGGCCAUGUGCGGUAAAAAUAUUUCUAUUGAAAGUAACGAAACACUUAAUUUGGAAUCGCCAAAUUAUCCGGAACCAUAUGGGCCAAAUAAACAGUGCUACUGGUAUAUCAAUGCACCUGAUGAUCAUUUCAUAUCAUUGAAGUUUAAUCAUUUCGAUAUUGAAGACAGUAAAAAUUGUAAAAAUGAUUACUUGGAAAUACGAAACGGCAAAAAUAGUCGAGCACCCCUUCUUGAAAUUCAUUGCGGAAAAUACGAUAAUUUGAUAAUAUUUUCAUCAGGACGGCAUAUGUUCGUAAAAUUUGUCUCCAAUGGAUUGAUAAAUGCAGACGGAUUUUCUGCUGCUAUUACUGCACUUAAAAAUUUGCGUAUUUUAACAAAAAAUUUGUUUAUGCAAAAUGAAGAACUACUUGAAGAUGUAUUUAACGAUUCAACAAAGACCAAAUUCACCCAGGUAGUAAAGAGAUCGCUUGUUACUACAAAUCGAAAACAUAUUUGGGAUCAAGGUAUUAUUCCUUACGAGAUUGAUGAUGUUUAUACUGGAUUAGAACGAAAAAUAAUUAAACAAGCUAUGCAACAUUGGGAACAAUUUACAUGUAUAAAAUUUAUUCAUAGAAUCGAACGGUCGCAUAAAGAUUAUGUAUUCAUCACCAAAACUGAUUGCGGGUGUUGCUCAGCAGUCGGUAAACAAGGAAAAGGUAAGCAGAUCAUUAGUUUACAAGACAAUUGCUUAUAUUUUUAUAUUGUUGCCCAUGAAUUGGGACAUACAAUUGGAUUCCAUCAUGAACACCAGCGUCCAGAUCGUGAUGACUAUAUUGACAUUUUAUAUGAUAAUAUCGAUGAAGAUAAUAAAUAUAACUUCGAGAAACCACCAAGAAAUGAAGCCAUCACUUUUGGACAAGUUUAUGACCUUGAUUCUAUAAUGCAUUAUGGGACCAGAGCGUUUGCAAAAAAUGAUUCUGUGAAUACAAUAAAAACGAAGCCGCAAAUUGACGGACGUUGGCCAAUACUCAGUCAAAAAUCGGUUCUUAGCCAAGGUGAUAUUAAGACGACACAAUAUCUAUACAAUUGUCACAGAUGCGGUGAAACUUUUACGAAGCCUGAAGGUACUAUUAGACCUCCAGUCUAUCCAAAUAACUCAAAACUAAGGGAUGAAUCUUGUGAGUGGACAAUAAAGCUAGCCGAGGGUCAAGCAAUAAGACUUUCGGUAAAAUUAUUUGGUCUUAACGAUAAUAAUAACUGUACUGCAAAUAGUCUGGAGAUUAGAACUAGCCACUCGAGAAAUACUGAUGUCAUAGCUCAAUAUUGUCAUAAUAUUGAUACAGUUGUUAAUGCUUAUAAAAAUAUUGUAGUAAUUCGAUUAAGAAAAAUGCACUACAAAAACAAUAAUGUAGACUUUAUGAUAGAAUACAAUGCCUUGAGCAUUAAUGAUAUUUCUGUUGAAAGUAAUAGAACAUUGUACUUGGAAUCACCAAAUUAUCCCGAGAAAUAUGGACCAAAUGAAGUGUCCUUCUGGGAAAUUACUGCACCUGACAAUCAUUUUAUAUCAAUAAAGUUUUAUCAUUUCGAUAUUGAAAACAGUCAUGAUUGUAAAAAUGAUUACUUUCAAUCUGAAGAAAGUGAUAAUCAUAAUCCACCGGUAAUUAAAAAUUAUUGUGCACAACACGAUAACUUGACGAUAUUUUCUCAAGGACCAUCUAUUCUUGUCAAAUUUACUUCCAAUGAAUUAAUAAACGCAAACGGAUUCUCUGCUGCUAUAAAGGCAUUGCCAAUUACUGACAACAAAUAAUAUUUUGUUUUUGUUAUUUACGAUGAACUGCUAGUCCUUCAUUUAGAGAACCCCUAAAAUUAUAUUUAAGAUACUCUGUAAAAAAUCAGGAGUGAAUAUGGCUAUUUAAGGUACUGGCAGGUAAUAAGGCCUAGCUAAGGGAGAUUUUGAAUAGAAUCGAAAAGAUUGUAUUUAGUUAUCGAAAUGUACCAUUAAUCUUAAUUUCAAUACAUUAACCAUAAAAUGUAAUCAAGUAAUGGUAAUUUUUACCAUAAACAAACAAAAAAUUAUACUUUAACAAAAACCAUACGAAUAGGCCUUAUUUUACUAAUUAAGUUGAAAUAAAUUCUCUUUUGCAGUGAAUUUCAC